AUGGCCACUGUAUUCGUCCCUCCCUCGCCGCAAACCUCCAUGACUAUGGCUACUCGUCGCCCUCUCGCAAACGUGCCGAAUGCAACAAAUUCUCCACAUAGGGCAGGUCUCCUGCCAGCGAAGCGUUCUCGGUCAACCCAGAUGGAAAUCCCGUACGGCCAACCGCCACCCAAGAAACAAGUGAUGGAAGGAAUGGACUAUGAGGCCGGCAGGUCGGCCACCACCAACACACAAAACACGGACUCGAAACUGUUUGCUCGCCGCUCCAACAAUGCCGUUCCCAGUGCUUUUGAGAAGAAACUGGUAGCUGCGAGAGAGAAGGAACGCCAACCAGCAGCUAAGCCUGUCAAAGUCGAGAAUAUGGAUUCUAUUCGCCAAUGGCAGCGCCACUACCGAAAGGCGUUCCCCUCGUUUGUCUUUUACUUCGACAGCAUGCCCGAGGAGAUGAGGCGAAAGUGCUCUCGACAGGUGAUCGCUCUGGGAGCUCGAGAGGAGAAGUUCUUCUCACGUCUGGUUACCCACGUUGUCACUUCGCGUGCUAUUCCCCCUGAACCCCUCGCCACUGAUUCAACCAACGGUGAAAGCAAUGUUCAAACCGUGAACCCUUCACUUUUAGAGAGAAACGGCGAGCUUCACCUCCACACCCUGAAAACAGACACCCGACGUGAACAAGCGACCAAAGACACCCUCCAGCGCGCUCGGCAAAUGGGCAUGAAGAUCUGGGCUCUCGAGAAGCUGCAGCGUAUGAUCACAACCAUCAACGACAGUGAUAUUGGUGGUCAGUACGACAACGCUUCACGCAACAAGGGCACCACUGCCGGCCAAGGCAAAGGUGACAACGACCUUUCGCGCGUGCUUCGCCAGGAACUUCUUAACGGACCGUCGGAUCGUGACCCAUUGGCAUCAAUGGAGAUGUUGACUUUCAAGGGCCCCGUUAUCUACAUCCACGACAUGAAUGAAAAGACCAAGCCAGUCCUGGUCCGGGAAUACGCCCGUGUUGCCCGACGACAAGAUGGAGCAUGGCCCCAAUUCCGCAGCGCACCACUCGGGAAAUGCCCCUUUGUCGAUGAACCCCCAAGCAGAAAAGAAUAUGAUCGCCAGCGACGACAGCACAAGGGAAAAAAGGCUGCUGCUGUGAAGGCCGAAACCCGUGCUCCCAAGGAAGAGCCUCUGGCCUAUGUGCCCGACGUUGCUCAAGUUGUGGCAGAUAAACCUGGACAUAAGGAAAAACGCGAAGCCGAGCCUGUCUUUGAAGAACAAGCCUUUGAACCGGAGCCAGUGUUCGAGGAGCAUGACUUCGAACCCGAGCAAGGCUAUGAGCCCGAGUAUGAACGUGACCAUGGAAAUGGACAUGAUUAUCAACUCGAGAAUGGAUAUGAGCAAACAACAGAGGCCGCUACACCAGUCGCGCACCACGAAGAGCGUAUCUCACCACCAAUCCAGCCAGCUGGCCAAAAGCAGUCAAUGGAUGCACCACUGGAUGAUGUGCAUGAGCGAAAGAGCUCAGAAAGUUUUGUUCCGCCUCACUUCCCACGCACCGGGCCCUUCUACACUGGAAACGAGCCCGCGGCUUCUGGCGUUCAGCCGUCUAACAUGACCUCCGCCAUCCGGUCACAGAUGAUCUCUUCUACUGCUGCAGCACCUGGUGCAAAGGCUGGUUUGAGUAAAGAGGUACACGGCCUCAAGCGCAAGGUUCUUGAGAAGGGCACUGGUAGCUUCACUGCUGGGUCGAUGGUCGCGCCACAACGAUCAACAACAGUGCCGAUGAAGGACAACCUCAACCCCCCUGGGAAAUCCAAACUGUCUUACAACGAACCCCAGGGCUACCAUGAUCAUACCGGCCUCAAACGGCCUAGGGACGAGAAGGAUGCCCAUCAGAAGAAACCCGAAAGACGAAGGGAGCCUAAGCCUGGAUAUUGCGAAAAUUGCAGGGACAAGUUCGAUGACUUCGAAGAGCAUACCCUCACUCGCAAACAUCGCCGCUUUGCCGUCAACUCCACCAACUGGGCAGAGCUCGAUUCCCUCCUCGCCGAAAUCCAGCGUCCCCUCAAGAAUCAAUACGAAUAUCACGAAUAG